ACAUUGCACAAGCUGAUAGAUAGACGAACAGAAAAGAUCUGCAUCCCUAGAGCCCCAAUCCCAAAUUGUCCCCAUCCAAGUUGACCCCGUUGAUUGCCCGGAGACUCAACUCAGCCGGAAAUCCCAAGUCUGUGAGAUCGUGUGGGACGUAUGGUCCGUGUAUUGUGGCCCUAGAUCAAUCGUUUCCAGGAAGGAAGGCAGAAAGAUGCCGGCCAAUCAGAUCACGUUGGGUUUGCGCUCGUCCUCGGGUCGCAAGCGCCUCAAUCUGCCGGCCACAGCCUCGGCCUCCACUCUGAGGUCCUCCAUCGCCCAAGAGCUGGCGCUCCAGGAGGAUUUCAAGCUCAAGCGAGACUUGAACGGCAAACCCGGCGACGAAAUCAAGAUCGGCUCCAAAUUGGCCACGCUCCGCACGUUGGGCAUCAAGCACGGCGACGUGCUCUACGUGGUGCCGGAGGUGGGCAGCCGCUUUCAACCUGAAACGCCCACCCAGACCCAGGCCACGGCCGCCAGCCCGAGUUUGGGCGGGUCGUUGAGUCGAAAAAAGGAGGCUGGAGCGGUGAAACGGGCGGAGGAUGAGGUGGAUCGGAUUCUGGGCGGUCAAUCGGGUCGGAUUGAGCAGGGCAAAACGCCCAAUUGCCAGCACAGUUCCAAUGCGCAGAAAUGCAUCUACUGUGCGCCCAAGGAGCCCUUUGACGAGGAGUACCUCAAGGCCGAGGGCAUCAAACACAUGUCCUUCCAGGCCUACUUGCGGAAAUUGAUGGGCGGCAAGCUGUUCACGGCUUUGGAGGACAUCUCGUGCGUCAUUAAAGCGGGGUGUGGCUCGCACAAGCCCUGGCCCGAGGGCAUCUGUUCAAAGUGUCAGCCGCCGGCCGUGACGCUCAAUAGUCAGCCGUAUCGACACGUGGACAAUAUCACCUUCGAGAAUCCCAGUAUCGUGGACAACUUCUUGGCUUAUUGGCGGGCCACGGGCGCCCAACGCAUGGGCUUCUUGUACGGCGUGUACGAGGUCCACUUGGACGUGCCUUUGGGCGUGAAAGCCCGGGUCGCGGCCAUUUAUGAACCCCCGCAAGAGUGCACCAAAGAUGGGAUCAGAAUCUUGGACGAUGAUCGGGAAAGCCAAGUGGAGAAGUUGGCCGGGAAAUUGGGCUUGCAGCGAGUGGGCUGGAUCUUCACGGAUCUGGUGCACGACUCCAGUGGAUACGUGAAGCACUUUCGGAACGUGGACAGCCAUUUUCUGUCGGCUCAAGAGUGCAUCAUGGCCGGGAUUUAUCAGAGCACGCACCCCAAUCCCUGCAAGCACGCCUCGUCCGGGUCGUUUGGCUCGAAAUUCGGCACGGUUCUGGUGACGGGCAACACCGAAAAGCAGGUCCAUAUGGAGGGUUACCAAGUGUCGAAUCAAUGCAUGGCCCUGGCCCGGGAUGGCUGUCUGAUCCCGACCAAAGAUGCGCCCGAAUUGGGUUACAUCCGUGAAUCCACGUCAGAGAAGUACGUGCCCGAUGUGUUUUACAAGCAGAAAGACAAAUACGGCAACGAGGUCACCAAGAUUUCACGCCCUCUGCCCGUGGAUUACCUCUUGGUGGAUGUGCCCGUGUCCACGCCCCUUGAGCCGGUGUUCACUUUCCACGUGCCCAAGAGUCCCUUUCCCAUUGAGAACCGUCCCAUGGAGGGUCAUCUGCAGGAUUUCGCUAGUUUGGCCGCAUACCGAAGGCAAUUCAUCGGCCCCGAAGACCUGCCCAAUUUGUUUCGUGAUUUCCACCUCCUACUUUAUUUGGCCACGCAAACGGUGAACCCGAUUUUGGACCAUAUGGACUCGUUAUUGACCGCUGUGAAGGAGAACAAGACGGAUGCCAUCAUUGCCUGGUCCAAGUCUGAGCAUUGGCAGACCAUCGAGCUUCUCCUCGAAGCCGGAUAUAAUUGAAGAAUGAAAGAAACAGCACACGGACAAAGGGAAGAUCAAAGCGCGGAAGGAAUGGAUAAUCGGUUGAGUCUUUCGACGGUGAAUAUGUGGGUGGAGACCCACGCACGCGAAUCAUGGAUUCGAAGGAUCACAUCUUGCGUUUCCAGGUGUCGGUUGUUCGGAUAACUGAUGGCACGAAAUAUGUGAUACUUUCGAAAUCAAUAUAUCUGAGCUUCCUUACCAACCCCACACUCCCUUCAUCAUUGGAACCACUCAUGAGGAAAGCCUCCUAAUGACCAAAAGAAAGAUACACCAGGAAAAUAAUAAUAAUAAUAAAUAAAUAAAAUCACACAUCCGACCGCCCGUGAAAGAAAGACAUAAUCCAUGCCGAGCAUCCAAUUUGUUCUUUUCUUUGUUUUUCAGA